AUGAACUUCAUUACCAAGGCUCUAGGAGUUGGCCUCCUGGUGGCUACCGCAGUCAAUGGCCAGGCUGUCAAACCUGUCGUAGCCGAGUCAGGAGUGUCGGCUUGGAUGUUUGACAUCAGCCAGACCGUAUUGACCGACGGCCGAUGGAAGCAGAACGAAGCGCGCACGCUCUCCUACCUGAAGUACGUCGAUGUAGACCGCCUUCUCUACGUCUUCCGGGCAAAUCAUGGUCUGUCGACCAACGGCGCCAGCCAGAAUGGAGGCUGGGACGCUCCAAGCUUCCCAUUUCGCAGCCACGUCCAGGGGCACUUCUUGACGGCCUGGUCACAGUGCUAUGCAAUGUCAGGAGACUCUACCUGCAAGUCAAAGGCCAGCAGCAUGGUGUCGGGCAUGCUGGCAUGUCAAAAGAACAAUGGUGCCAAGGGAUACACAACUGGCUAUCUCUCCGGUUUCCCCGAAUCAGACUUUACUGCCCUUGAAGGUGGAACUCUGACCAGCGGUAACGUGCCAUGGUAUGUCAUACACAAGACCAUGGCAGGACUGCUCGACGCCUGGCGCAACAUUGGCGAUGCCAACGCCAAGACCGUCCUGUUGGGUAUGGCAUCAUGGGUGAAUACGAGAACAGGCAAAUUGUCCAACUCCCAGAUGCAGAACGUCCUCAACACUGAGUUUGGUGGGAUGAAUGAUGUGAUGACCCAGAUCUACCUCAUGACAGGCGACUCCACACACCUGACCGUCGCCAAGCGUUUCGACCACAACGCCGUCUUCGCGCCCCUUUCCAAGAAUCAGGACUCGUUGAACGGGCUCCACGCCAACACGCAGGUCCCCAAGUGGAUCGGCGCUGCUAAGGAGUAUAAGGCGACGUCGAAUGCGACAUACAAGAGCAUCGCCGUCAACGCCUGGACCGUCACCACCAACGCGCACUCCUACAGCAUCGGCGGCAACAGCCAGGCCGAGCACUUCCGUGCCCCCAAUGCCAUCUCCGGGUAUCUCAGCACCGAUACGGCCGAGGGCUGCAACUCGUACAACAUGCUGAAACUGACGCGCGAGCUGUGGGCCAUGGAUCCGGGCUCGACCAAGUACUUCGACUUCUACGAGCGGACGCUGAUGAACCACCUCGUCGGCGCGCAGAACCCGAGCGACUCGCAUGGCCACGUGACGUACUUCUCCUCGCUCAACCCCGGAGCAACGCGCGGUCUGGGGCCGGCUUGGGGUGGCGGUACUUAUAGUACGGACUACGAUUCCAUGUGGUGCUGCCAGGGCACGGGGUUAGAGCAGAACUCGAAGCUCGCGGACUCGAUAUACGGGUACGACAGCUCCGGACUAUACGUUCACAUGUUUGCGCCGUCCGUGUUGAAGUGGACGGCCAAGGGCGUCACCGUGACUCAGAGCACGACGUUCCCGGCCAGCGACACGACCACGCUCGCUAUCUCCGGGACGUCAGGCUCCUGGACUCUGAAGAUCCGCAUCCCGUCCUGGACCUCGGGAGCCACCAUCUCAGUGAACGGCGUUGCGCAGAACGUCCAGGUGACACCAGGUUCCUACGCCAGCGUGACCCGCACCUGGGCCUCAGGCGACACCGUGACGAUCAAGCUGCCGAUGGGGUUCCGGACCAUCGCGGCGAAUGACAACAGCAACCUGGUGACCAUCGCGUACGGGCCUGUCGUCCUGUGUGGGAACUACGGGAGCUCAACGGUCUCGUCGGCGCCGACGCUCGACCUCGGCAGUCUCAAGCGCACCAGCAGCUCGGCUCUGACGUUCUCGGCCACUGCCAACGGCGCAGCGGUGUCCAUGGUGCCCUUCUUCGAGGGCCAUGGGUUCAAGUACGUGGUCUACUUCGGCAAGUCAGGGUCACUGCCCACUAGCACAUAG